GCAGAUGCUAUCGCAGGCAUGCCUGGCUUGGAGGGCAGCAUGGGCACUGCGUGCACAGCUGCGUACCAGUGUGGACCUCACCUUCUUCCUGUGGAUACUGGGGGUGGCACUGCAGGCCCCACCGGUGACCCUUGAGAAGCUGGACGAGGUGGACCCUGUGGUGACCACCAGCUAUGGGAGGCUGCGGGGAUUCAAGAAGGAGCUCAACAAUGAGAUCCUGGGGCCGGUUAUCCAGUUUCUGGGCGUGCCCUAUGCGGCGCCCCCGACUGGGGAGAGACGCUUCCAGCCCCCGGAGCCACCUGUCUCAUGGCCUGACAUCCGGAACGCCACCCAAUUCGCUCCCGUCUGCCCCCAGACCAUCCUGGAAGGAAGGCUACCUGAUGUCAUGCUCCCUGUGUGGUUUACUAACAGCCUGGAGGUCGUCUCAUCAUAUGUGCAGGACCAGAGCGAGGACUGCCUUUUCUUAAACAUAUAUGUCCCCACGGAGGAUGUAAAAAGAAUAUCCAAGGAAUGUGCCAGGAAACCGGGCAAGAAAAUAUGUAGAAAAGGAGGUCCCCUUACAAAGAAACAGAAUGAUGAUUUAGGUGAUAAUGACGGUGCUGAGGAUGAAGACAUCCGUGAAAGCGGUAGCCCCAAGCCAGUGAUGGUAUUUAUCCAUGGGGGAUCAUACAUGGAAGGCACUGGAAAUAUGUUUGAUGGAAGCAUCUUGGCAAGUUAUGGCAAUGUCAUUGUCAUCACCGUGAACUACCGGCUUGGAGUAUUAGGUUUUUUAAGCACUGGUGACCAAGCAGCAAAAGGAAACUAUGGUCUUCUGGAUCAAAUCCAAGCCCUGCGCUGGACUAGUGAAAACAUUGCUUUCUUUGGGGGUGACCCAUUACGCAUAACUGUUUUCGGAUCAGGGGCUGGCGCCUCCUGUGUCAAUCUCUUGACCUUGUCCCAUUAUUCUGAAGGUAACCGUUGGAGCAAUUCAACCAAAGGACUUUUUCAGAGGGCUAUAGCGCAGAGUGGCACUGCUCUAUCCAGCUGGGCUGUCAGCUUUCAGCCGGCAAAAUAUGCCCGGAUGCUGGCCAAGAAGGUGGGCUGCAACCUGAAGGACACAGUGGACUUGGUGGAUUGCCUUCAAAAGAAACACUACAAGGAGCUGGUGGACCAGGACAUCCAACCGGCCCGGUAUCACAUUGCAUUUGGGCCUGUCAUCGAUGGCGACGUGAUUCCCGACGACCCACAGAUUCUGAUGGAGCAAGGGGAGUUCCUUAACUAUGACAUCAUGCUGGGGGUCAACCAAGGGGAGGGCUUAAAGUUUGUGGAGCUCAUUGUGGACAACGAGAAUGGUGUGCAGGCUAACGAUUUUGACUACGCUGUCUCCAGCUUUGUGGAUGAUUUGUACGGCUACCCUGAAGGCAAAGACAUCCUGAGGGAGACCAUCAAAUUCAUGUACACGGACUGGGCCGACCGUCACAACCCGGAGACACGGAGGAAGACACUGCUUGCCCUCUUCACUGACCACCAGUGGGUUGCCCCCGCAGUGGCUACUGCCGACCUGCACUCCAGCUUCGGGUCGCCCACUUACUUCUAUGCCUUCUACCACCACUGCCAGACGGAGCAGGUGCCGCCCUGGGCAGAUGCUGCUCACGGUGACGAGAUCCCCUACGUCUUUGGGCUGCCCAUGAUCGGCCCCACCGAGCUUUUCCCCUGCAACUUCUCCAAGAAUGAUGUCAUGCUCAGCGCUGUGGUGAUGACUUACUGGACGAACUUUGCCAAAACGGGUGACCCCAAUCAACCAGUCCCUCAGGACACUAAAUUUAUCCACACCAAGCCCAACCGCUUUGAGGAAGUGGCCUGGACCCGCUACAACCAGAAGGACCAGCUGUACUUGCACAUUGGCCUGAAGCCUCGUGUUAAGGAGCACUACCGUGCCAACAAGGUCAACCUGUGGCUGGAGCUGGUCCCUCACCUGCACAGCCUCAACGAGGUCACCCAGAUCAUCUCCACCACCACGAAGGUCCCCCCUCCAGAGGUUACCCCGAGGACACCAAAGAAGAUCCCUGUGAACACCAAGCGGCCUAACCCCACGCCCUUCCCCACCGAGAACCAGGACAGCCAGAACCAGCCCUUCCUGGUGGACCAGAGGGACUACUCCACCGAGCUGAGUGUCACUAUAGCAGUGGGGGCUUCCCUGCUCUUCCUCAACAUCCUGGCCUUUGCCGCGCUCUACUACAAGAAGGACAAGAGGAGGCACGACGUGCAUCGGCGAUGUAGCCCCCAGCGCAGCACUGCCAAUGACCUGGCCCACACCCAGGAGGAGGAAAUCAUGUCCCUGCAGAUGAAGCACACUGACCUAGACCACGAGUGUGAUGCCAUCCAUCCGCACGAGGUGGUUCUGAGAACUGCCUGUCCACCAGACUACACGUUGGCCAUGAGGCGAUCCCCUGACGACAUCCCCCUCAUGACCCCCAACACUAUCACUAUGAUCCCCAAUGCGAUGGCCGGGAUUCAGUCCCUGCAUCCGUUCAACACCUUCUCCAGCGGACAGAACAACACCCUGCCUCACCCCCACCCCCAUUCACAUUCGACGACCAGGGUAUAGCCAGCGGGAGGAUGGUGCAAGCUCACUUGUACAAGAGAGUCAACAAAGUGGGAACUCAGAACACUCCCCCUCCUGUAAAACAUCGUAGGGAAC